GAAUUUUGAAGGAUCGGGUUGUUUUACUUUCGAUUUGGAAACGCGCGUUUCCUACUUUCGUUAUGACUGAUAUGAGUCGAUCGCUGCAUGAGCUUCCCAGAGAGACGAUUCGUCUUCUUGGAAGCUCACAAGUCAUAACAUCAGUAUUCAGCGUCGUGAAGGAGCUCAUAGAGAAUUCACUGGAUGCAGGCGCCACGUCUUUGGAGCUGCGUUUGGAAAACUAUGGUUUGGACAAAAUCGAGCUGAGAGACAAUGGAUCUGGUAUACCUACAGCAGAUGUCCCAUUAGUAGCCAAGAAAUACCACACCUCCAAAAUCACCAGCUUUUCUGACCUGGAGGAUCUUGUGACCUACGGCUUUAGAGGUGAGGCCCUUGGGUCUCUGUGUAGCAUAUCUAACCUGUCAAUCACCACUAGGACAAAGGAUGAGGAGAUCAGCACCACCUACUGUUAUAAUUACCAAGGGCAGAUAACUUCAUCUAGACCCACCCAUCUUGGAAAAGGUACUACUAUCACUGCCCUUAACUUGUUUAAGAAUUUACCUGUGAGGAGACAGUUUUACAACACAAACAAGAAAAAGAAAGAUGAGUUAAAACGCAUUGAGGACCUACUACUGUCCUAUGGGAUCAUAUUCCCUUCAGUACGGAUCAGUCUACGACAUAAUAAAGAUGUUGUCUGGCAGAAAAAUCCUGUGUCUGAUCUUAAGACAGCCAUUUUUGAAACUCUUGGAAAUGUUAUUGGAAGUAAUCUUCAGAAGAGGGAGCUUGUAUUGGAAUUUCCAAAGGUAGAAAUAGAGAUGUAUUUACCUUCUGUGGGAUGUGAGUGGACAUCAGUAUCACGCAGUGUUAAUGACCGAAGCUUUGUGUUUAUCAACCAUAGACCUGUCCAUCAUAAAGAAAUCGAAAAGAUGAUCAGGAAUUACUUGGGCUUGGAGAAGGGCAGAUACCCCGUGUUCAUCAUUUCUAUUGUGAUCCCACCCUCAGAUCUAGAUGUCAAUGUUGAACCAAACAAAACUAGAGUGUUCCUGCAUAAACAAGAGGCCAUUUUAGAACUGUUGGAAGAUUAUUUAAAAAACACAUAUGAUCCAAUGAAGCACUGCAACAAAGAAAAUAAUGUGACAUUAAAUGUUAAUCUGCAAAUGGAAAAUGGAGAAGAUGAGGCACCUGCUGUUACAAUCACUAAAAGUCAAGGUUCUUAUAAAGAGGUCAGAAGUACUCCCAUGGAAACCACAAACCACCAGGUCAAGGUCAUAACCAUGGAUGACAUGAGUUUACUUGACGAGUCCCUUCCUGUUAUUAAAGUUACCUUAGCGGAAGGAGAAAAAAAUAAUGAAGGUCAUCUUGAAAAGGUUGCUAAUGUGGCUCCUGAAAGUGAACCAGGUCAGUCCAGUAGAUCUGAAAAUCCAAACAUGUUCAGCACUCAAGGAUUAAACAUAAGGAGUUCAGCUCAACAACCCCAUCCUGUUGGAGAAAAUGGCACAAUAGAAACUUUGAGUGAUAGAUAUGAUGAAAAGACUGCACUUGUUACAGAUGGCUUAGAUAUGCCUGUUAUAUCAUUUGAUGUUGUGACCCCAGAUGACCCCAAAGAGAGGUCAAAUGUCAUUUCACAAAACAAUGAAUUUACAGAUGAUUCUUUAUCAGAACUUUUGUCAUCUUGGCCAGAAACAUGCAACUCAGGAAAAGAACAGACAGAAAGUGCACCAGAUGUGGCUGUUAUGGAAAAUUAUAGUAAAGAGCCUACUGCACCUAGUGGAGAGCAAUGGAGCAAAGGUCAAGGGUUAAAAGGUUCAAGUGGAGAGGUCAUUGAGCCAGUGAAGAUUCUAAAUUGUGGGAAACGCCCCCUUUCCCCUGACAGUGGACAUUCACCCCCAAUGAAGAGGAGAUCCUUAGAGGUUAAUGCUGAUGACAGUGGUACAUUUUCAACUCCUCAGAAAGAAAAUGCAUUUAAACUUUUUGCCAAAAAGAUGACUUCAAAAGUUAUCACAGCUAAUCCAAACUGCUCCGGUAGCAGGAUAUCAGAAUUGAUCCGAGAAGCCUGGGACAAUUUGUCAGUGUCAGAGAGAACCACGUACGAGCUCAGAGCUGGGGCACAGACUGCAGAGAAGGGUGGGACAAAACCAUUGUUAAACCAGAGCUUAAAGAACAAAGUUCAGAACAGCAAACUUCACAGAACUCCCUCAAUAAAGGAACAGUUAUUGAGGACUGCUCGUAAACAUGGCACCUCCCCAGAAAGUUUUAUUCCGAGGAAGGAGAAGGCAAUACCUUUCAGUCUCAGGAAGCUAAGAGAGACAUUCUCAUCAUGUCCACCAGCAAGUCAAAUGACAGAAACACAAUGCUGGGAACUGAUUGGUCCUCUGAAGUCAUGUGGUAUUUGGACCUGUUACCAUGACUACAAAAUCCACAUCUUAAAUCCACAUCGUGUGCAUGAGACAGUAUUAUACCAUCGACUAAUGAGAGACCAUGUUUUACCAACAGAGCCACUGGAACGACCAAUCAAAAUCACUCCAGAUAUGUUGGGUAGUCACUGGGAGACCUUUAGGGAGUUAGCUCUCCAGUACAGAACAUCAGAGAUGUACCCUAUCCUCAGAGAUAGCAGGUUCACUAGUAAUGGAAUUCACAUCAAACUUUUUUUUGAUUCCAGUGGUGAUGUGCAGGCUGAGUUAUCUUCCUUGUCUUCGUGUAUUCCUACAUACGGAGUAGAGGACCUGAAGGAGAUACUAGAACUGAUACACACCACAGGGGCAGAUUCCAUCCCGAGGUCAAGACCCCUCAAGGUCAUCAAUUAUCUGAAGUCAGAGGCAGUAAGAAUGGCCAGACAGUUGCCACGACAACAAGACUAUGAUGACAUGCAGGACCUCUUGUGUCAAGUUAGAGAUCUAUUACCAAAGGGCUGCUACUCUUGUCUUCAUGAUAGACCCUUUUUAUAUGCAGUUUAUGACAUGAGUUCUCUACCUUUAACACAGUACUCGCAGUCACAGAGGGAUAACAUUUAACAGUUAUAAUUACAUGGUCUUAGAUACAGACAUACUUAAUAAACUAUGAAUUAACUGACA